AUGGCCGCAGCUGAGCUCACACCCCUUGUAGACCUCAUCACCGACGCCGUCAAGGAUGUAAUCAAGGAGUACGACACGGUCGGACAACCUUUCCCUGCUCUCGGCUCAACGAAUUCAGGCCAUUUCGACUCUGCAGCCUCUGUAACGCCUGAGCUCGCAAGGGCCAUCAAGGUCGUCGAGGCCGCAUGUGCGCAGCUCAGCUUCAGCGUCGCCAGUCCUGCCCAUGUCAUGACAAAUAAAGCGUUCGGCUUCGAGGAACCCGUAUGCUUGCAGAUCGUCACAGAAUCUGGAGUCGCGGACUUGCUCGUGGACCUGCCAGAAGGUCUACACAUCGAGGAGCUUGCGAAAAAGUCAGGAAUCGAGGUCGAUAAGCUGGGGAGAGUUCUGAGGCUCCUCGCGACUAAGCACUGCUUCAUCGAAGUCAAACCCAACGUAUUUGCGAAUAAUCGUAUCAGCAUGACCCUUGUCUCCGGCAAUCAUGUGUCCAGUCUGGUCGGUCACUUGAGCGGAGAGGCUUUGAAGUCUGCGGCACAACUCGCCGAUAUUGUGACAGAUCCGGUGGCGGGGCAUUGUAACUCGGCUAACGCUACGGCUUGUGAUCGUGCAAUGGGCUUCCCGCUAAUGUCUUACUAUCAACAGGCCCCGAAGGAGAUAGUAGACAGGGUUCAGAGUUCCAUGAUCGCCUUUGCGGAGGUCUGUGGAAAACAUACGAUUCCCAACGCUUACCCAUGGAACGACCUACCUGAUGGUGCCAUACUCUGUGAUAUCGGCGGAGGCACCGGGCACAUCUCACUUGAUGUUCUGAAGGCGUUUGCUCACCUACGCGUCCUUGUACAAGAUCUUGAGGUUAUGAAAGAGCCGGGCGCCGAACUAUGGACGAAAAUGUACCCCGAGGCUAUAGCGAAUGGGAAAGUAUCCUUCGUCACACUCGAUCUGUUUGCUGAACCGCCUGUGGAAGGGUGUCAUGUGUAUUUCAUGAAUUAUGUCUUGCACGAUUGGCCCGCAGCGGAAUCGAUGAAGAUGUUAGCUAAUGUCCGGAAAGCCAUGAAGCCGCACAGCAAGCUUCUUAUUCGUGAACUUAUCAUUGAACACGUUUCUCGUCCUCAAGAAGAAGAGGCCGUCGCGGACGACCGCGCUCCGGAGCCGCUCCUACCGAACUACGGGAUGGGUAACGUCUUCCAGUACAACAUGGACUUGAAUAUGAUGGCCCUCCUCAACGCAAAGGAACGCACCUUGGCAGAAUUUGUCGAUCUCGGGAAGAAAACUGGAUUCAGGUUCGUGAAGUUGUAUGUCACGGGGAAGCUUGGGCUAUUAGAGUUUGUGGCUGCGUGA